ACUUCCGGUUUCUGGAACGAGGAUGAUUAGGGUCAAUUAGGCCUCCGGACUACACCCCAGACUGGACUGGGGCAAGGGUUGUCGGGCUCCGGGACCUUGCUGAGUCUCUCAUCUGUGGCUUGCGACCCGGAAGUGGCUUUAAUUUUUCGGAGGAUCCCAGAUUUUUGGCUGGGAAGGAAUGCAGAACUCUUCUAGCCUAAGACCGCAUUUACAGGUAGAGCUGGACUUGUAGCUGUAGUUACUUUUCCCUAAUGAAUUGUGGAGAAUUUUGAUUUGAAUUGGUUCACAAUGGCUUUACUUCACAAACUGCUAAGUGGCAUUCAUUUUCCUAAGUUAUGCGGAAUACAAGAUGCUGCCCAAUGCUUUUUAUUGGGAUCUGUUUUUACUGGCUACCCCUCUAGAUUGUACAGUAGUAUUAAAAAAACAGAGGCUGCUUCAGGUAGAUCUUCCCCUGAAGGAAAGACUCACGGUGGAUUAGAAAAACAAACUAAGAGUGAAGUUGGUGUAGAUCUAAUUUCACCUAAGGAAAAGAUUGAAAUUGAUUUUGACAAAGCAAUUAGGGCUGAGAUAAAGGAUCAUUUUAAACUUUUAAUGAAGGAGCUGGUAGGCCGUUGGACAGGACCCGAAUGUCGCCCUUUACAUGAAGUUUUAUUAGAAAAUACUAGGGUAAUGUGGCAAUUUCGCAGUAAUGAAGAUUUGGAUAAAUGGCUAGUGACAUCUGACAGGACAAUAGGAGGCAGAAGCAAAGUUUUCCUGAAAAUGGCCAGCAAUAACCAAAGUGCACUCUUCUAUGGGAUCCUCAAUACUGAAAUUCCUCAUGAUGGUGAAACACAACGCAGCGGAUACUGUGCAAUGACAUCUAGGAUUCCAAGGGGUGCUUUUGAGAGGAAGAAGUAUCACGAUUGGUCCAAUUUUAAUACUCUCUAUCUCCGUGUGCGUGGGGAUGGUCGGCCCUGGAUGGUGAAUAUCAAAACAGAUACCAACCUCAUCCAUAAAAGUCAUCAUUUAUAUAGUUACUUCAUGUACACACGUGGUGGGCCAUAUUGGCAAGAGGUCAAGAUUCCGUUCUCCAAGUUUUUUUUCUCCAGUAAGGGGAGGAUCCAGGAUAACCAACAUCCAUUUCUUACAGACCAGAUCAGUAGUGUUGGAUUCACCCUGGCUGAUAAAGUUAAUGGUCCAUUCUACCUGGAAAUAGAUUUUAUUGGAGUAUUUCAUGACCCAACCCAUACUGAAGAAUUUGCCUAUGAAGAUUGUAAAAAGAUUUGUGGAAAUUUUUAGCCAGCACAGUAAAUCAUCAUUUCUUUGUAAUUAAGUAGUUGAUAUCAUUCUGUUACUUGACAGUGAUGAAAUAAAGUUUUUAGUAUUAGUA